UGUUCCCAAUCCAAACAUUGUUUUGUCUCAAACAAAUUUCUCUGAACACACUCAACAAGCAUAUCUCAAUAACAGAAAAAAAAGCUAUUAGCUUAAAAAAAACAAAAGAAGCAGCCAUGGAAGAAGAUAAACAAGAAGCUUCAAUGCCACUAGUUCCGAUAGACAGCUUCUCUUACAGCUGGUUAGUUAAUUAUCCUUCUUUAGAACCUUCCAUUGAUGAUCAUCAUCAAACCUACGAAGAUUCUUCUUCUUCAUCUUCUUUCAUCGAGAUGGAUCCAAGAUUGCCUCCUUCAAGAAGAUUCUUCAUCAAAACUUCCCAUGAAAGUAGUUUCAAGUUCGAUAACUUCGUCUCUUUCUCCGACGAAGAUCACUCUUUGGUUCACGCCGACGAGCUUUUCCGCGACGGCUACGUCGUGCCUUAUCGAUUAAAAGCCACGUCAGUGGUUACCGAGGAAGAAUUUGAACCGUUGGAUACAACAACCACGGGGAAGAUUGAGACACGUGGAGUUAAGAGCAAGUCAUCUCCUACUACGUCUUGUAGAAAGCUGAGGAGCGUAUCCAGAUGGGUUUUGUUGAAGUAUCUUGAUUUCUUGACGCCAUUGUGUAGAAGGUUAAAGAGAUGUAGAUCCGCUGGAAUAACCGGAGGUAUCGGUAUGGAUUCGAGGAUCCGUGUAACGACCUCGUCUAGGAGCAAAGUUUAUUCUGAUGAGACCACAUCGUCAGCGAGAAUAAGUGUAGCCGAUGACUAUUACUGGAGAAGGUCUUGUGACUCUGAAAGCUCUAUUUACGAAGCUGUUCUUCAUUGCAAGAAAUCAUUCGAGAAAUGAGAAGAAUACAUGGAGGAGGAGCAGGUAGAAGUAGUAGAGAUGGAGAAUAUUAAGCUUAAGAGAAUAAGCAAAUUGCAUUAACACGUUACACAUGGAGUGGGAGAAAGAGAGAGAGCAACUUGUGAUGUGUCUUUUUGUUGUUUCUCUCUCUUGAAUUAAAGAGAUUGAUGUGAAUGAUCCAUGUGAAUGUGUCAUCUGAUGUGGAUCAAGAAUGUUUUUGUUUUUUUACAUGAGUGGGCACAUUUAUAGAAAUAUAUAUGGGGCUGCAAGCAGAAUCAAGAAAAUAUUUUCAGAUUUUCUUGGCUAUUUUUUUCUCCAUAUAUUUGAGAGCCAUGUAAGUUAAAUAGUUUCUUUUUAUAUGUCAUGUAAAACUAUAAGUGACUGCCUACCCAUGUGUACUUUUUCUUGGGUCCAAUUGUGUCUGAAUAUUCUUACUUUUUGUGCAAUUUUUGUCUUUUCUUGUCUUA